AUGAACAAUCCAUCUAUAAUGCAAUUUACUUAGAAGGAAUCUGAAUUUUGUUGGUUAGUUGGUUUAAAAGCAAUAAGUACCAAAUAACCAAUGAUUAAUAUGUGGUUGAAGAGUGAUUAAAGAAAGAUAGAUCCAUCUUUAUUAAAAAAUGAGUUCAUGAAACAGUUCUAAUCAGGUUUUCUUCAUCUUAACAGUAUAAUAACUGGAGAUAGAAAUAAGAACUCUUAAAUUAUCAAAGGAAUUUCUGAUGCUACAGUGAUUGCUAUAGUAAGAGUGAUUAGAGAAGAAGGAGUUAAAGAAUUUGAACAAAUUAGAAAUGACUUUUAAAAAUUGAUAACUAUAAUAACUUACUUGAGUUUAACAAGAUCAGUUAUGAGUGAUGCAGUUAUGAAGUUUUUGAGCAGCUAAUAAAAUGAGAGUCAUCAAUACCUUGAUAAUUUAUUAUCUACAUUAGCCAAAAUAGAAUUUAUGAAAAAUAUCAUGAACUCAAAUAAAAAUGAUCCUAUCAAAGAGACAUAAUUGUAUAAACUAUUAUUCGGAAAAGGAAACUAUUAUGAUCCAUUUACAUCUAAUAUUUGUUCAAAUUAAUAGGUUUAAUAAGCUGGGUAAUAAGUUCAUCAAGAAAAAUAGGCAACACCUGUAUCCCCUAUAAAAUAAGCAUUAACUCCAGUAUCUGAAUAAAAAUAACAUUAAUAGUAAACGAACUAGUAAACUAUCGUCCAACAAUAAUAGAUUCUUAAAUAAACUAAACCUUUAGUAUAGGUAGAAGAUUUUAGUGAAGAUUCUGGAGAUUCUUCAGUAGAUUUGGGGAAUAAAUAUAUAGUAAAUGCUAAAGCAUAAAAAUAAAUAAAUGAUACCGACAGUGAUUCUGAAAUUUAGGAGAUCCCUAAUUUUAAGAUUUGA